CAGCAUCCUCAGCUGUCACCACAUGCCUGGUAACAUUAGUCUCUGCAUGUAAAGAUCAAGCUGUGUCAUGCGUUUUAAACACAAGCAGGAAGGUGUACGAAGAACUCAGCAAUGAGACGUAGCUGGCGAUGAUUUCUAAUGUUGCAUUCAGCUUUAUUUGCUGUCUUGAACACACCCCGCUGAGCACCCCGAUAUUGUUCAAGAGGAAUAAUGGCUGCACAGGAGCCGUCUCCACCAUCUUCCCUGGAAGGCAACAAACCGGGCUUCCCGAAGAAAAUUCUCGCCAACAACCUCGAAGACAAGCAUCUGUGCAAUUCAUGCCAGAAGGUGCUGAGGAGGCCUCUGCAGGCUCAAUGCGGUCAUCGCUUCUGCUCGUUCUGUUUCAACAAAAUAGUGAGCUCUGGGCCACAGAAAUGCAGCGCCUGCAUCAAAGAAGAUUUGUUCGAGGAGCCUACCUCUAUUCUCAAGCAAGGUGGUGCUUUCCCUGACAACGCAGCACGGAGAGAAGUGGAGGCUUUGGCAGCCGUCUGUCCGAAUGAAGGAUGCACAUGGACGGGAACUAUCAAAGAAUUUGAGGCGAGCCAUGAGGGCAACUGUGACUUCAUGAUCAUCCUGUGUCCCUCCUGCAAAGAGCUGAUGAGAGCCAACGAACAGGAGCGCCACAACGAGAGAGAAUGUCCGGAGAGGACGCUCAACUGCAAAUACUGCAAAGAACCUUUCCUGUUAAAGAACAUAAAGGCUCACGAUGAAAUCUGUCCAAAGUACCCGAUGAUCUGUGAAGGCUGUGCGAAGAAAAAGAUCCCUCGAGAAAAGUAUGUGGACCAUAUUAAGUUCUGCAGUAAAUUUAAAGCACCAUGCAGGUUUCAUGUUGUUGGCUGCGAUACGUCUGUGGAGAAAGAGAAAAUCCAUGACCACGAGCGGCAGUGUUCUUACGAACACCUCAACCUGCUCCUACAUUUCAUCAUGGGCAUCAAGGUGAGCUUGGAGAGCCUGCAGCCCCAGAGCUUGGAGGUGGCCAGCCACAAACUGCAGGAGCUCCACAUGUCCCUCAGGGACCUAGAGCUGAAGAUGAGCCAGCUGGGUGGUGGUGGUGCAGCUCCCGUGCAGGGUGCAUGUGCCCCGACUUUAUCCACAUCCUUUACCCCGCUGCCCAGUGCCAUGGGAGCCGCCCUCGAGUUGCAGCUCCAGAGUGAGAAGACCAAGGUGGCCGAGCUGAGUCGGCGCUGCCAAGAGCUGGAGCUCAAAGUGAGCACGUUCGAGAACAUCGUCUGCGUCCUCAACCGAGAGAUGGAGCGCUCCUGCGCCACCAUGGAGGCCUACAACCGCCAGCACCGACUGGACCAGGACAAGAUCGAGAUCCUCAACAACAAGGUCCGUCAGCUGGAGAGGACGGUGAGUCUACGGGACCUGUCCAUCGUGGAGAUGGACGGUAAAAUGAGGGAAAUGUCUGCUGCCACAUAUGACGGCAUCUUUGUCUGGAAGAUCUCCGAUUUCACCAAGAAGAGACAGGACGCCGUGGCUGGCCGAGCCCCUGCUAUGUUCUCUCCUGCCUUUUAUACCAGCAAAUAUGGCUACAAGAUGUGCCUGCGGAUCUACCUGAACGGGGACGGUACGGGCCGCGGCACCCACUUGUCUCUGUUCUUUGUGGUGAUGAGAGGACACAGUGACGCACUCCUCAAGUGGCCUUUUAACCAGAAGGUCACCCUAAUGCUGCUUGACCAGAACAACAGGGAGCACAUCAUCGAUGCCUUCCGGCCCGACAUCUCGUCCUCGUCGUUCCAGAGGCCGGUCAGUGACAUGAACAUUGCCAGCGGAUGUCCACUCUUCUGUCCGCUCUCAAAGCUGGACUCUAAAAACUCCUACAUACGCGACGACACCAUCUUCAUCAAGGCCAUCGUAGACCUCACUGGGCUCUAGUCAAACGACGAGGGCAUGAAUCUAACCCUGCCUUUGGUUGCUAUGGGAGACGACUCAACAGGCUUUGUUUCCUCCAGAAAUGUUCUGCUUCAGGUUUGUGUCGUACUUUUGGGUUUGGGCGGGAGUGUGAAACAUCAGACAAGGAAAAAAAGGUUUCUUUUAGCAGUGGUUCUCAAGACCUCCUUAGCCUCUGUAUUUAUUUUGACAGAAACAAUGAUUACCUACCAAAGGGACCCAAGACCUGAACACAGUACAUGUGCCAGUAUUAGGCUGGUGAUGGGCGUUAGCUUCCCUCAACAAGACGUUAGAGGCCUUGCAAGACCCUAGGUAGGACAUUAUGCUUGUAAAAUAAGUAGACAACCUGGAUGACAUCGUCUCUAAUAUCCAGUGAUCAUCCUGUGAUAUCUUAUACCACAGACGAGGCUCAUCGUAUAGACUGUAUGUAAGAAGUGGACGUAGCUACAGUGAUGUCCUCAGUUUGUUUGAGGACGUCUGCUUCAAGGCUCUGAGUCAUAGCCAUCACCCCUUUUUUGUUGUUGUGGUUGAUUGAGUCAAAGAAAGGACCCAAAUUUGGGGGACAGAGUGAAUAUGCUAUGCUAUUCCUCUUUCCUGGUUGGUUGCCAUGGUCACAACUUGUCUAUUCCACGCAGUGUCCCCUGAAAUCAGACCGUGUUUCUAUUUCGCUCCAAACGGGGACUUCAUUUACACAAGUGUGUUUAAAAAAGGCACAAUAACCUUAAAAGGAAAAUGUUCACUGAGCUAAUAAAUAAACUAAGAAGAAGACUUUCAAUACCAUUGGGCUAGAAGAGUCGCCCCCUUCCUGCCCUGAUAGAGAAUGCAGGUUUCAGGCACUUUAACACUGACUUCCCUUUGAAAACAAGAGCUGAUGGUGCGUUUCAUUUGAUCUCAGAAGUCGGAAAUUAAGAGUUACCUGUCUGCUGCGUCAUCAGGAACUCCCCCCCUGAAGUCGGAAUUUGACUUGGAAACUCGGAGUAUCUUCAGGGGCCCGAGUUAAAAUCCAACAUGGCUGCUCCGUGCAUCAACAGUAACAUUUAAGCUGUAACACUAGCUGUGUUUAUUAGCAGCUUAGCCUUCUUUUAGUGUAAUUAAAUAAAUCACACCGAUAGUACAGUGCAAGUUCUCUCCGUGGACAUGUUGUCAUUUUAUUUUUGCGUUCAAACUAUCACGUAGUGUGUUGUUAUCGCCAGGUAUUAGCUUAAAAAACAAAGGUACUCCUGGAGGCGUCCAUGCUGCUUGUUGCUAACUGGAACUGAAACGCGGGAAACUACAGUGUGAUUCCCAGCUCCGAGAUCCGAGGUAAAUGGAACGCACCAUCAGUC